CUUCACUGCACCUUACUGUUACCCGCCUGUCGUUUCUCUCUCUCUCUCUCUCUCGUUGUUGAUGGGUUGCUUUACUAGGCCUUCCUCAUCAGACAAACCAAAUCUAGAGUUACCCAUUUCUCUGUUCUUCCAUUUCAAGCAAGGGCAACGCAAAACUCGUAUCCUUCUUUCCAUUUCCUUUUCUCCGUAAACUUCAAUGCUUGUAUUCUGAGAUACUCUUCUCUCUCUUUCUCUCCCACACCCCGAUUCUCUUGUUUCCUAAAUCAUUCCGCCGAGGUUCUCUCUUCCCCUCCUAUGAGACACGUGGCUCUUUGAUCCUUUCAAUUCAAACAAGUUAGGUAGGUAUCUUCUCUCUUUUCAUCUUUUCAGUUUUCACAAUGUUUUUGACUUGUUGCGCCAUCUAUGCCCCUCGUUGAUCUGUUUCUGCUGAUUAGUUUUCCUUUCUCAGGACCUUUGGGGCUUUGAUUGAUGCUUCGCCCUUUGAUUUUUCUUCUCCUCAUAUUAGUUUCCUUUUUCUUUUAGCACACCAAUCCCUUCCCAAAGCUUGAUAGUAAAAGGUUUGUGGGAACUUGUUUAUAUUUAUGAGCAAAAAAGACACUGUAGGACUUUAGAACAAAAAGCUGGUUUGGAAAAGGUGAUGCCUUUGGCACAUUUUCUCUAUCAGAUGAAAUGCCUGUGACCAAUAAGGAGCAAAUCAACAUGUCACAAUGCUUGUUCUGUAUCUGAGGUCUUUCAUUUGAACUUCUAUGGCUGGAGAAACUUCAUGGAUCAGUCACUAUGAUGAUGACACAGGAAGGGAUAUUGGGGAGUUUGGCUCAUCUUUAGAGCCUGGUGAAGAUGGUGAGAAACAAACAAGUGUUGUCUCUGUGGAUCUUAUUUUGCCGGAUGACUUGUUGGAGCGGAUCCUAGCCUACCUUCCUGUUGCAAGCAUUUUCAGAGCUGGUUCUGUAUGUAAAAGAUGGCAUGAUAUUGUCACUUCAAAGAGGUUUUUAUGGAACCUUUCUCAUGUUCUACAUCAAAAACCUUGGUACUUCAUGUUUACAAGCUCUGAUGAACCAAUCGGUCAUGCAUAUGAUCCCAUCCUACGGAAAUGGUAUGGCAUUGAACUUCCCUGCAUUGGCACUUCAAAUUGGUUCAUUGCUUCAUCAUGUGGUAUGGUUUGCUUCAUGGACAAUGACAGCCGAAGUGAAUUGUGUGUAUGCAACCCUAUUACCAAAAGGUUCAAGAAGCUGGAGGACCCUCCGGGUUUAAAAUUUUCUGAUUACAGUGCACUAGCAAUCUCAGUUAGUAGGGAAUCUCAGUGUUAUACAGUGGCAAUUGUAAAAUCCAAGCAAGUCCCUGAGAACUUUUUCCAGUGGGAUAUCUCAAUUCAUAUAUACAAUUCUGAAGAAGUGACUUGGAUAACACCUUUCACCGAAGUUUUGUUAGGGUGGAGAGGUGGUGACGAGAGUGUAAUAUGUAAUGGGGUGCUAUACUUUUUGGUUUACUCAACAGGGGCAGGUCUACCUGCAAAUCGCCAUUCCCUAAUUGGAUAUAACAUCUCCAACCAUUCUUCUCAAGGUAGCUUAACAAGGAACUUUAUUCCAGUACCUUGUUCUCUGACAUGUGGCCGUUUGAUGAAUCUAAAGGAAAAGCUUGUAAUGGUGGGAGGUAUUGGUAAACCAGAUAGACCUGACAUAAUCAAAGGAAUUGGAAUCUGGGUUCUAAACGAUAAGAAGUGGGAAGAUAUUGCACGAGUGCCUCACAAAUUCUUCCAAGGCUUUGGAGAGCUUGAUGAUGUUUUUGCCAGCAGUGGCGCAGAUGAUCUCAUAUAUAUUCAAAGUUAUGGAUCUCCUGUGCUGCUUAUAUAUGACAUGAGCAAUAAACAAUGGAAAUGGGCACAGAAGUGCCCUGUGAUAAAAAGGUUCCCACUUCAGCUUUUCACAGGUUUUUCCUUUGAGCCUAGGCUUGAAAUUGCUCCAUAGCUUCUCCAUACAAUAAUAAUCAACAGCUGCUACUGGCACCUGAUUUUAAGGCUUCUGCCCAUUUUCUUCUAUUGUUCUUUAGGACAAAAUUUAAUCUGAUUUUGGUUCUUUAACAACAGUUCAUACAAAAUGUAAGUGCUGAUAAAGAUGCUUAUUUGUGGAUACUGGAUACUAUUAGUUGCAUUUCAGAAUACCACAGUUAUAUAUUUAUUUUUCACCA